AUGCCACCAGUACCUCACCAGCAGCGAGCCGCCAACGGCCCCAGACAAAACCCUUAUGCUCGCUUCUUCAACUCGAUAGGUGGUCUUUCCGAAAUGUUUGGUUCCUCGGAACACGAUACCCAUAACAGUGAAUCUGCUGAUAACCACGAGCAAAUUCAAACAGCAAUCUCCAGCCCUCGUGCGACAUUACAGAAGCUCUUCUUUGAACAGUUUGACCAGCUCAUCAUAGCUUGGCUUCGCCGGAGGCCGAGACUGAGAAAGUUGCUGACCAUGUUUGCAGCACUAACGGCAUUUUUAUGGUACGUGCCUCAGCGGGCAAGCUUGGUAUGGGACUACAUGGUCUCCUACGUGCUGGCCUCGGUCAGGAUUCCCAGAAUUGAUGCUAAGAACAACCUAUCACUGCACGAUAACAACUCCUGGAACGAUGGUACCACGACUCGGACUGUCAAUGGAUCUGGGGUGCUCUACAAGGGUGAAGCUUCGAAUUGGCAGACUUUUGUACACGAGGGCCGCAGAUUCUUCUAUACGAAAGGAGACAAUGGCGACAUCACAAUCUGGCGCUGGAACUCCACACCAAACACUAUCCAAAAACUUAUUGAGGACAUCAACAGGAGCGCGGUACAGAAGAAGCAAGCGACACAAAUUCAGAUCUUCAUGCCAUACACGUAUGGGGAGGAGUGGUACUGGGAGCUUCAGGGCGAGGUCAAAGGUCGCCCACUUACAAGCGUCGUUCUUCGAGAUAAUCUCAAGGAUGAGGUCAUCCAAGAUAUUGAGGAGUUCUUGAGUGACGGUGCUUCGAUGUGGUAUGCUGACAGGGGAGUACCGUACCGCAGAGGAUAUCUCCUUCAUGGACCACCUGGUACUGGUAAGACGUCUUUCAUACGAGCGGUGGCAUUCACCUUUAAGCUGAAAGUGUAUCAGUUGGCAUUAACUCAGGAAGGUCUUGACGACAAGCGACUAUUCGAUCCCCUCAAAUCUAUGAAGCCAGGUGAUCUGGUCCUGCUCGAGGAUAUUGAUUGUGCUGGUGAUAUGAUAAAAUCCCGCGGAAAGGGAACUGCCAAGCAGGACGACGAGCAUGAGAUCGACGGUGACGGUGUAGAGCACGAGUUUGAGGUCGAUGAUGGUUUCUACAGCGACUACGAUGACGACGACGACGACGACGACGAUCCCAGCACAAGCACAGGCUACGGUUGGGACGAUGAACCCGUCAUGAAGACGCCGAGGCAGCAGAAUAAAGGCAGAGGGAAUGUCCGGCAAGAAGAGAAGACUGCAAAGAAGUCUUUCAAAAAGACCUCAAAAAAGUCCAAGCCCAGAUCUGGCGUGACACUGGAUGGGCUCCUGCAAGCUAUCGAUGGUCUCCUAGCGCCUGAGGGACAUCUUCUGUUUAUGACCUCCAACCAUCCGGAAGUCCUUGAUCCAGCUCUCGUACGGCCAGGUCGAAUCGACGUGAAGAUCGAAUUGGAGUAUGCAAGCCGGACUCAGCUUCGCGAUUUGUUCAUCAACCUCUAUACACCAGUCCGACCUGAGCGCAAGCUCUUCGACCUCUUGUCGGUCCCUCAAUGGGCUGAUGUAUUUGCAGAGGCCGUGCCGGCAGACACCUUCUCUCCUGCACAGGCUCAACAGUACCUUCUUCAGCAUCGAACACGUCCAGCUGCAGCUUUGACUGGGGUUCCAGACUGGGUGUUACAAGAGAAAGGUAUGCACACGACCAUUGAUUUGAGUCUUGUCGAGGACAUUGCGACCCACAGCAAUACAGCAAAAUUCACUCCGCAGUCAUCAACAGAUAGGACGUCAGAAUCAGGACCAUCAGGACUGUGGACGUCAACGACGGAGAGGUCAGAGUCUUCAGAUAGCCUGGUACUCCUGAGUCCACGGCCUGAACCCGACAGUCCUCCUGCAGUGUUGUAUCUGGAGCACGACGACGACGAUGGAGACGAUUAUUCUGAUCCAGUCGAGGUGGCUGUCUCGGGACCACUCUGUAACUUCUAA